AUGGCCUCCCAUUCUGUGCUGAAGGUGAUGAGACACAAUUCUGUUGAUGCUGUUGUGCAGCACAGGGAAAUAGAGAUGGUAAAAACUAGGAAAGACCUCAACUGCAACCUCUGCAAUGAAAACAAGCCCAACAGCAUGACAAUGUCAGUAAAUUAUAAUGAUCAGACUCUAGAAGUGGACCCACAAUUACCAUCCAAGACCCUUAGCCUGCAAGUUUCCCUGCUUACAGAUGUGCCCCUGAAAUUCCUUGGGGCGGAGCGCGGCAGCCGGGCGCGGCGGGAGCACCGUGGUAGCAGCGGCCGGUCCCGCGAGCGGCACCGCGAGCAUCGCCGUGAGCGCGGGGACAAGGAGAAGACGGCAGUGGCCGAGCCUGCCUCGGCCUCCUCCUCUUCCUCAGCCGCUGCUGCCAAGCCUCGCGGCCGUCACAACCACACCAGCGGCCCCGAGGGGCGCCGCAAGGGCCGCUCCCCGUCACCCGGCAGGAAGGAGCGGGAGGCCAAGGCACACCGCAGCCGGCCCAAAGCCGCCAAGGAGCCGCCGUCGGCCUACCGGGACCCGCCCAAGGCCUACCGGGACGAUAAGGCUGAGCCCAAGGCCUACCGGCGCCAGCGCUCCUCGCCCAGCCCCGGCCGUGACGACAGCCCCCCGCACCGCACCUCGCUGGGCACGCGUGGCCGCAAGUCGCUCAGCCCCCUGGGUGGCCGCUCGCCCCCCAGCCCCUACAGCCGCCGCCGCUCACCCAGCUACAGCCGCCACAGCUCUUACGAGCGAGGGGAUAUAUCGCCCAGCCCCUACAGCAGCUGGCGUCGUUCCCGCAGCCCCUACAGCCCUGCCAUCAGGAGAUCAGCAAAAUCUCGCAGCAGAAGCCCUUACUCAUCAAGGCACUCAAGGUCUCGGAGCAGGCACAGAUUAUCUAGAUCCAGAAGUCGUCACUCAAGCAUUUCUCCUAGUACACUGACUCUGAAAAGUAGCCUGGCUGCUGAAUUGAACAAGAACAAAAAAGCUAGAGCUGCAGAGGCGGCCAAAGCCAGUGCAAAAGCAUCAAACACCUCUACGCCUACUAAGGGGAAUGCUGACACUGGUGCAAAUGCGCCUCAAACAAACAAUGUGAAGGAUCUGAAGAAAAUAAAAACUGAGCAUACACCUUCUCCUACUAUUGGUGCAACUUUGAAAAAUGACAAGGCAAAAGCAAAGGUAACUCUUCAGGAGACAAAGGCAGAAAAUAACUUGAUUGUGGAUAAAGUCACCAAGCAGAAAACUACGGCAGUGAAAGAGACUAAACCAACUGCUGUAAAACAGCAACCAGUCACUGUAAAAGAGAAAAGCAAACCGUCUACACCAAGUGUAGUAGCCAAGGAAAAGGACAGAAAUGUUGCACUACCAACCUCCACAUUGCCACCCUUGCCUUUGCCUCCAAUGCUGCCUGAAGACAAAGAUACUGACAGUUCACGAGAGACUAUUACAGUCAAGUCAGUUAAAAAAGAAGUGGAGAAGAAACUCCGAUAUCUGCUUGCAGACUUGCCACUACCACCUGAGUUGCCUGGAGGAGAUGACCUAUCCAAAAGUCCCGAGGAAAAGAAACCAGCAGUUCAGACACACAGCAAAAGGAGGCCUAAAAUAUGUGGCCCACGUCAUGGUGAAACAAAGGAAAAAGAGAUUGACUGGGGAAAACGCUGUGUGGAUAAAUUUGACAUUAUUGGGAUUAUUGGAGAAGGCACAUAUGGGCAAGUUUACAAGGCCAGGGAUAAGGAUACAGGAGAAAUGGUGGCACUAAAGAAAGUACGGCUCGAUAAUGAAAAAGAAGGGUUUCCAAUUACAGCUAUUCGGGAGAUUAAGAUUCUUCGACAGCUGAACCACCAAAGUAUCAUCAACAUGAAGGAAAUAGUGACAGAUAAGGAGGAUGCUUUGGACUUCAAGAAGGACAAAGGUGCAUUUUACUUGGUGUUUGAAUAUAUGGACCAUGACUUAAUGGGACUACUGGAAUCUGGCCUGGUUCAUUUUAAUGAAAAUCACAUAAAAUCAUUUAUGAGGCAGUUGAUGGAGGGUUUGGCCUACUGCCAUAAGAAGAACUUUUUGCACAGAGAUAUUAAAUGUUCUAAUAUUCUUCUAAAUAAUAGAGGGCAGAUUAAACUUGCAGACUUCGGGCUUGCUCGGCUGUACAAUUCGGAAGAGAGUCGACCAUAUACCAACAAGGUUAUUACAUUAUGGUACCGGCCUCCUGAACUACUGCUUGGAGAGGAAAGAUAUACACCAGCUAUUGAUGUAUGGAGCUGUGGAUGCAUCCUAGGUGAGCUUUUUACUAAAAAGCCAAUAUUUCAAGCAAAUCAGGAACUUGCACAGCUGGAACUAAUAAGCCGAAUUUGUGGGAGCCCUUGUCCUGCGGUCUGGCCUGAUGUAAUAAAGUUAGCCUAUUUCAAUACAAUGAAACCAAAGAAGCAGUAUCGUCGAAAAUUGAGAGAAGAGUUUGCUUUUAUUCCAGCAGCUGCAUUAGAUCUUUUUGAUUAUAUGCUUGCUCUGGACCCCAGCAAGCGCUGCACAGCUGAACAGGCUCUUCAGUGCGAGUUUCUGCGAGAUGUGGAACCUUCUAAAAUGCCUCCACCAGACCUUCCUUUAUGGCAGGAUUGCCAUGAGCUGUGGAGUAAGAAACGAAGAAGGCAGAAGCAGAUGGGAAUGAGUGACGAUGCAACAGCAGCUAAAAUGCCUAGGAAGGAUAUGUCUUUAGGCAUGGAUGAGAGCAGAACCAACACCCCACAAGGCAUGCAAACUUCUUCCCAACUCAAAACUCAGGGCAACUCUAGUGUAGCACUUGUGAAAACAAGCACUGGACAGCAGUUAAACCAGAACGAAGUGGCAAUCCUACUAAAUUUGCUACAGUCUAAAACAAGUGUUAAUUUGGCACAAUUUGCCCAAGCGUUGAAUAUUAAAGUAAACCCAGAGACUCAACAGCAACUAAAUAAAUUAAACCUUCCUGCUGGAAUUCUAGCAGCAGGUGAAAAACAGUCUGAUCAGCUGCCACCACCACCACCAGACCAGGAGUCUUUAAAACAGUCAGCAGUCACUCAGCCUCCUGUACCACCUGCUCAGCUGAAUCAGCCUAAAGUUGAGACUGAUGCUACCCAGGCGGCUGUGCAGAGUGCAUUUGCUGUUCUGUUGUCUCAGUUAAUAAAGGCUCAGCAAACAAAACAGAAAGAUCUUAUACUGGAAGACAAAGAGAAUGGAUCAGGAAAUGAAAUGUCAUUGCAACUCAGGCAGCCUCCAGAGCCCAGCACUCCUGUCUCUGGUAACCGGGAUGAGAUGGACUCUCCAGUUCCUGCUUACCCACAUCUGAUCAAAUCACUGUAUUCCUCUGCAGGUCAAGAUGAUGUGGUUAGACAGCCUGAGAUGAGGCUUCUAAACCGCACGCCAGAACAAGAGCGCCCUCGCAUCUUGCCCCCAGACCAACGUCCUCCUGAGCCACCAGAACCACCACCUCUCACUGAUGAAGACCUUGACUAUCGGACAGAGAACCAGCUUUUGCCUAUUGGUAAUUCUUCAGGAACAGAUCCUCAUGCAGGAGUGAAAGCAGCUCUCCUACAACUGCUGGCUCAGCACCAGGCUCAGACAACAGAGGAGGAGCCUGUAAAAACUAGUGUGGAUUAUCAGGCAAGAGACUCCUACGUACCAGGUCCAGACUACAAGGAUAACUUUGGCUCAUCUUCCUUCUCUUCUGUCCAUUACAGUAGUAAUGAUGGAAUAGGAAGUGGAUCGUCUGGGGCACUGGAAAGGAGGAGCUACAUUGGAAACUCAGAUAUUCAGUCUUUGGAUAACUACAGUACUGCUUCAUCUCACUCUGGGGCUGCACCUCCAUCUUCUGCCUUUUCAGAACCGUUUUCCAGCUCAGUAACUGGUUAUGGAGACAUUUACCUCAACACUGGUCCCAUGCUAUUUAGUGCUGAUAAGGACCAUCGAUUUGAAUAUAGCCAUGGCCCUAUCCCAGUUCUGGGAAACAGUGGUGACACUUCCACAGGGUCAGAGAGUACUCAUUCUUUACCCACAAAGAUGCACAACUAUAGCUAUGGAAGUAAUCUACAGGAAAACCCUAGUGGCAUUAGUCACCUGCAUGGACAAACUUGGACUUCUCCUGCCCAAGGACCUGGGUAUUCCCAGGGAUACAGGGGACACAUUAGCACAUCAACGGUCAGAGGACGAGGCAGAGGAUUACCAUAUUGAGUAUCUGUUUUUCCUCAGGCACAUCAUUUUUAUCUGGAAAGACUUUUUUUUUCUAGCUGCCGUUUAAAGCAGCAGUCCAACAGACUUGAAUAAUGUUAAUUCAACAGCUUUAUUUUUAUGUGGAAAAGGGUCUUGCAUACAGUAGGAAAAUUUAAAAAAAUGCUUAAAACUCAUGCUGUCUGAAUACUAGAUAAAUUGAUUGUACAUGGUCACAGAUUCUAGUUCUGAAUUUUAUUUUGUAUUUUGGCAGUUUUAAGUGGAUGCUAAAUUUAGGGACAUCAGCUUUUUAUGGCACUCUUUCAGAACUUCUGAACUAUGCACAUUUGUGCUUUUUUUGUAAGUUUGGACCAACUUUUAUGUAAAAAAAAAUUUUACAACAAUCAAAGCAGGGCACUGAUUUAUUUGGUAUUUUUCUUUUUACAGAACUACCUUUAGUCAAAGGUCACUGUCAGUCUUUGCACUGCUUUCAGUGUUAUUGUGGAAGGUGUACUUUGUGCUCAUUUCAGAUAAUAAAACACAACCUUUCUCUUGAUGCAACCAUUUUAUAAAUAUUGGUCAAUGUUAUUUUUCUUUCCUUUCAAAAAGUGGAUGUCCUAGUAAAAUAAUCCUCCCCAUCUCCCACACGUUUAUACGAAAACUAUUUUACUUGAAUGGUAAGUGCCUUAACAUGUAAGCUUAAGGUCUGCAAAAAUUCCCUGUACGUUUACCCGUUUACUUAAAAGUACUUUGUGGUUUGAAACAAAGAAUAGUGCUAAAUAAAAAUAGUUACACUGCAUAAAAAUAUCGAUGGUUAUAGGAGACUUCAGUAGACCAUAAUUUUAAAUAUCAUUUGUCAUUUACGUCAGAUGAACCAACCACUUAGUAGCUACCUGGUUUUCUCUUGUUGAAAUAAGUCCCCAUGUUGAUUUUAUUAAGUCCCCACAUUGACCACUAAUGUGAGGGGAAAAAUGAUUUCCGUCACCUCACUCUUUCCCAAGAGGCAUAUUAAAUAUUCCAGUUGUCCUGCCAUUUCGGCUCUGUAUUAUAUUGGCCUGUUGGGUGUUAGAUUUUUUUUUUUUAAGACAGAAAUAUUAAUUUUUCUUUUUAAAUGUCAACAGCAGCAAUUAAUUAAUUCUGUGUGAAAAGCUGACACUGUCUUCUCUUACCACAUAUUUAGAAGCAUUACAGAAAGUAACCAAAUGUAAAUGACCAGUAUUUAAUACAGCAGCAAAUUUUUUAUAUUGGGUCAUGUUCUCUGUAAAUUGUGAUGGUGCCAACUAACCCCUUUUUAUAUUCGGCUGUUCCUUUGAUCAUUUUAAUACUUGAGUUGGAUCUCUUUGAACAGCGGAUAGUGACUGUAGCUGAAAUUGCUACCAGAAACCACUGCUCCAGUUCUCAUAUUAGAGAUUCCAGCAUGUUUUUUCUCUGAGAACAGCGCUCUCUCUUCUGCAGAGAGAAAGGUACGACUAUUUUGCAUGUACUUAUGAAUGUUUAAAAGCCCAUAUUGGAAACAAUUUUCCAACUGAUUAUCCAGUUGAUAAGUCAGUACAUUAUGUAACUGCGUGUUUAAUUAUUACUUUUUAAAAAGUAAAAUUUCUACUUAGGCUAUUGCAAAUGUAGUCUUGUCAGUGACUUUUUGGAUUUUCAAAAAUAGAAGCCAAAGUUGUCUUAUUUAAUACUCUGAUUCUAAUUUAUGCCUAAUUACUGCAUUGUAGUGUGCGGGGGGGAAAAAGCUUACCUAACUAGGUAGCAAUUGAGCAUCUGCAUAGGAAAAAUGGUGAGUCCGGUUGCUUAAGAUAUCCCUGUAAAUCUGCCAGUUAUCUAAGUUGCCCUCACUGGAGAAUUCUGCUGCCUAAGCUGAAAAGAAAUAUUUGUGACCUGAGUAGCCUGUGUUCAAAAAUUAAACACUUUAUAUAAUGACACUCUGUUUGGACAGUUUUUCUUGUACGCACAUCUUAGUUUUGUCAUUUCCCCUGUAAAAUCAAGAGAAAAUAGUUUUAUUAGUGUCUUAAGACAGGACAGUGUCAGCUACAACUUACUCGUUAAACAAAAAAAUCCCACCAUUCUCAGAUAGAAACAAAAUCCAUGAUUUUUAAUAAAGUCAGGCAAAACACUUUCAAAUCCCUUGGACAACUGUCAGGGAUGGAAAUGCAUGAUUAAAUGCCAAGCUGCUACACUUCCAAAAAGUAAAUGCUGGUGAUACUUCAUUUAAAAAAAACAGGUAAGUCAGAAUAAAAAAUAGAUUACAAGAACAAAUGCUCUAACAACAAAAUCUAAAGAAGUGAUCAUAGAUCCUCUUUGCCACUUCCUACUUGGAGGGAAAUUUAAGCCAGCAACAUGUUCCUUUCACUUAUCUCCUUUGUGUACAUACAUAGUGGUGCCGCAGUGUAAGGACUGAAAUAUUGUGACAAUUGCAUUGAAACUUUGGCAUGUUUAAUGAAUGUUAAUAUGAAAUCACUUGACUAAUUUUAGUCUUGAAAAUAUUUAACAGAUCACUAACUUAUUAAAAAAAAAAAAGUCAGUCUUAACUGAAUAUGUAUAAAUACAAAAGAUUAAAAAGCUGACUUCCAAAUGGAUCAGAAACAGGCCUGUUGAGAACUGUGAGUUCCUUCACACGUUGUUGCUGGAGGGUGCAUCGUACGGUUUUCUACUGAUUUAGUUUACAGAAUAUUGGCCUAACGUUGGAAAGCAUGCAGCCUACAGCACAGGUUAUCUGGAGGCGGGGCUGAAUUAUGCUCAUACAUCAAAUCAAGAUGAGAGAUCCCCCUCUUCCAUCCUAUAUAUGGCACUUAGCCAGCGUGCAAACACCCUAAGUGUAUCGUGAGGAGCUGAGAGGAGUUCUGUGGUGCAAAGUGUAAUCAGCCCUAUACUACUCUCAUUCCAAGUAAACUUAAUGCAUGGAAGGAAGUGUCUCCUUAGUGCACACUGAUUUCAGGCAGAGAAAUAGCUUGUUGGGCAGUUCUCAGGCUGCGGAAAAAAGA